AGACUCGAUCGAUAAGUUUUAUGUUUCUGCAUUAUAUUGUUCUGAUCACUGCUGCAACUAAUUAUUUUUCCAACAGUUGCUCUGGCUUAUCAUCCCUCGCCUAUGAAAUUGGUCCAUUACCUUUUGAUGUUGUGAAUUUUGAUGGAAGCUUACCAUCUAUUCUCCUAAAUCCACAUUCAUGGACCAAGGUUGCCAAUAUUAUAUUCAUUGAUUUUCCUGUCGGUACUGGAUUUUCGUAUUCGAACACAUCAAGAGGUUACUCUUCCUCAGACACAAAAUCAGCAAAAGAUAGUUAUACAUUUCUUAGGAAGUGGUUAUUGAGUCACCCCACGUUUAUAAAAAAUCGUCUAUAUGUUGUGGGUGAAUCCUAUGGAGGCAAACUUGUUCCCAUGGUUGCCAUGGAAAUAUUACUAGAUAGUAACAAAGCAGGAUUGCAGCCACAAAUGUCCCUCCAAGGGUACAUCAUUGGCAAUGGACUAACGGAUCCAAACAUUGAUUAUAAUGAACGAAUUCCAUAUGCUCACCGCAUGGCACUUAUAUCCGACGAAUAUUUUGAGUUAGCAAAAGUCAACUGUGAUGGAAAAUAUGACAAUCCUGAUCCAAACAAUGUGCAAUGUCUUUUAGCCCUUCAACCUAUCCAAGAGUGUGUAAACCAAAUAAAUCAUGCUCAGAUAUUGGAACCAAAAUGUAAAUUCAUAGCACCAAAACCAGAUGAUUUUGGAUGGCAUCAAAGAUUUCGGGAAGAAUAUUUUGUUGACCACCUCGUCCUCCCAGCAUCAGAACAAGAUCGAACGUGGUGUCGUACUCAAAAUUAUGCAACAUCUUAUGUUUGGGCAAAUGAUCCAACUGUCCAAGAAGCUCUUCAUGUCAGAAAGGAGACAAUAGGAGACUGGACGAGAUGCAACCAAACCUUAUCUUAUAAAGCAAAUCAAGAAAGUGUUCUUCAUUAUCAUAACAUUUUAAGCAAGGAAGGAUACAAUGUUUUAAUAUAUAACGGUGAUCAUGACAUGGUUGCACCUUACAUGGGUCCUUUAAAAUGGAUUACCAAUCUCAAUCUGACUCUUGUCGACAACUGGAGACCUUGGCAUGUUAAUAGCCAAGUCGCAGGGUGCUGGUCAUACCGCACCAGAGUACAACCCUAAAGAAUGUCUUGUGAUGUUACACCAGUGGCUCUCAAUACAUCCUUUAUAGGUAUGGAGGGACACGCAUGUUUUAAUGUUCAUUUGUUACACCUUUUUACCGUCUAAACUUAAUAAAUGUAGUGGAUUUUUAAGUUCAGCUAAUGAAACUUGUCGUUUUUAGAAGCAAAUGUAUAAGUAACUUAGAUUCGUUUACUUUUAUCUUUGGAAGACUACAAUCUUAGGUACCAUGCGGCAUUUUAUUUCACUUAGAUUUAUAGUAAUUUCUAAGUAAUAAUAUUUUGAAUUUUAUUUUAAUGUUAUGAAUUUGUUGCAUUUCGUCGUACAUCCAUUUGCCAAGGUUGAGUUUCAAUAGUUGUGUUCUACUCGAAUUGUAUGACCUUUGUAAUUAUUCACGUUUGUUGGCCAACAGGGUCAACCUAUGUUUCAUAGAAACUUGGCUUUCUAAGGACGUUGCCACAUCAUAACCGUUAGGUCAAGUUUGUAAUUAGCAAAUUAGCAAUUUGUAGAUUUGUAAUUGACAAUUUCCACAUUCAAAAUAAUGGGUUUAUUGAGUUGUAAUUAAAUUUAAAAUAUGAGUUAUUGAGUUGUAAUUAUAGUCAAAACAGCUUGGGGUUGGUAGAGUCCUAAAAGAAGUCUGACAAAUUCAAGAAGAUGAUCAAGAAACGGACUUCAAAAAGUAGAUCAAGAUCUGGAUACCCUUGAUGUAUCCAUUUGCCUAGGUUGAGUUUCAAGCGUUGAAUUCUACUCUAAUUGUAUGACCUUUGUUUAUUUAAGUUUGUCGGCCAACAAGGUCAACCCAUGUUUCAUUGAAACUCGGCUUUCUAAGGACUUUACCACAUCAUAACUGUUAGGUCAAGUUUGU